AUGUGGCUGCCUGCAGGUGUACCUGUGCAUGCAGCAGCAGCAGCAGCAGCAGCAGCAGCGGGUCUUGCUUCCAGUGCCCCUUCUCCCUGUGGUCACGUUGAGGUGUCUGUACACUUCGCACUUUGCUGCCAGCAGCAAAAAGCUCCUGGAGAGCCUCCGUGGCACUUUGUGGCUUCUCAGCGGCAGCAGCAGCUGCUGCUGUCGCUGGGGGCGGAAGCUGCUUCGUUUUUAGGAGCAGCAGCAGCUGCUGCAGCUGCCGGUGCACCCCAAAGCACCGCAGCAGAUGCAGGCAGCGAAGUGCAUCCAGCAGCAGCAGCAGCAGCAGCAGCAGCGGGGGUUGUGCUGCAGGCCGUGACUGUGCGGUCGCUGCAGACGCAGAAGUUGCUGCUGCAGGCCAACGGCCCAGUGGCGGUCGAGGCUGCGGUGAGCAGCGCAGCAGCAGCAGCAGCAGCAGCAGCAGCAGCAGAUGGCAGCAAGUUGCUGCCAGCUGAGGCAGAGCUGGGCGUGGCAGUGCUGAGGGGCGCCGGCGCUGUUCUGUCAUGGGCCAGUGAGGAGCAGCAGAGACGCAGUGUACGUACACCUCACGGCUAG